AGCCGCCAUCGCUUCGUUCUUUCUCUUUGAACCGUCCGUGAAGAAGGUGCGUCGGGAGCGCAAGUGCUCUAGGGAAGUUUUUUUUUUAAACAUAAUUGUGAGGUUAGGGUAUCCAUUAGAGGAUACAAGUUAACAAAAAACGUUCCGUAGCAUUAUUUUGGUGCUGCUGGUUUGAGUACACCUGCCUUGCGAACAGUAUUUCAGUGUGCGCGUCUCCGGGCUAAGCAAACCCCCGUACAAACUUUCUGUGGAGCUCGAAUUUUGUUUCACUCCACGCGCGCGCGUCCGAACACGUUCCGGGUGUGUCUCUGUGUGUGAGUGUGAGUGAGUGUGUGCUCGGGAGUGCGAGAUCUUCAAGGGAAGGGUGUUGAACGCGCCGCUCUCGUAGGCCUUUUUGCGCGAAACAAAAUGGCAGACACACAGGAAACGGAAGUUGUGAACGGUGGGGCGGCGGCGGCAACGGCGGCGACGGUGGCCCCAACGACGGCCCAAGAGAAUCAAGAAAACAGUACCAAUCAGCCUCAACAGACGGAACAGCAAGCUGCUGCUGCUGCUGCUGCGCCGGCAGCACCGGCAGCGGCUGCGUCCGGAAACGGUAAUUCCGAAGCUACCAACACGAACGGUAAUACGGAAAAUCACACCACCGCCACUACCACAACCACCACCACCACCACCACCGCUGCAGCCACCGCAACCGUGCGCGAUGAUGACAGAAAAUUAUUCGUUGGUGGACUGAGUUGGGAAACAUCAGACAAGGAACUGAAGGAACACUUCAGCCAGUACGGUGACAUCGAGAGCAUCAAUGUGAAGACGGACCCGAACACUGGCCGCUCGCGCGGCUUCGCAUUUAUCGUCUACAAGAGCGCGGACUCGAUCGAUAAGGUCGUGGCGGUUAGCGAGCAUGUGAUCAACAACAAGAAGGUCGACCCGAAGAAGGCGAAGGCCCGGUACGGCAAGAUCUUCGUCGGCGGGCUGACCUCGGAGAUCAGCGACGAGGAAAUUAAAACCUUCUUCGGCCAGUUCGGAAAUAUCGUGGAGGUAGAAAUGCCAUUCGACAAGCAGAAGAACCAGCGCAAGGGCUUCUGCUUCAUCACGUUCGACUCUGAGCAGGUGGUGAACGAGCUGCUCAAGACGCCCAAGCAAACCAUCUCCGGCAAGGAGGUGGACGUGAAGAAGGCAACGCCGAAACCGGAAAACAUGGGCCCGAUGGGUCCAAUGGGUGGACGGGGCGGUAUGCGCGGUCCGCCGCCGCGCGGCAUGCGUGGCGGUCGCGGCGGUCCAGGCGGUCCGAAGGGCGGAUACGGACAAGGAUGGGGCGGCCAAGGCUACGGCGGUUACGGCUACGGACAAGGAUACGGCGGUGGUUAUGGUGAUUAUGGUUACGAUUACUUAGCCAGAUGGUAUGGAGGCUACAAUAACGGUGGUUACGAUUUGUCCGGCGGCUAUUACGGCGACGACUAUGGCUAUGGAGGCUACGAUGGUGGCUACAUGAACGGUGGCGGCCGUCCAGGAGGUCCAAGAGGGGGCAAAGGCGCCGGUGCAUACGGCGGUGGAAAGCAGCGAGGCAACAGUGGUGGUCGCCAACAGCGUCACGCGCCCUACUAAAGGAGCGCUUUGGAUGCUUUCUUCUACCAUACAUUCUCUCUCACCAUCCACAAACCAAAAACGAAACAACAACAACAACAAAAACGAGCGAAAGUAGUAGCACAGGUUUUUGUGUCGCAUCGCGUGUGCUGGUGUGUGAGGACGUUACACGCGAAGUUGAUCGUACAAAAGAGCGACUUAAGGGGAAACAGAAAACCACGAAGAAAACAAAACUACUCCCUCUCCCACUUUCCAACCCCGUCCUUGCUUUCCGACAACAUUUCUUUCUUCAUCAUACUCCUGUGAAUAAUCACAUACUGCUGGGGCGGCGGCGGCGGCGCCGCUCCCCCCUUCUUAACGAUAUAACAAAUAGAACUAUUUAGAACUUUGAUUCAACAUUUUUUCGUUUGCAGUGUGGGUGAGAGGUCGGAGAGGGAGAGAGAGAGAGAGAACAGAGGUGAAAAGAGAAAGUAUAAGAAAGUAAAUCAUAUGCAAAAGAUAUGUGCGCACCGCCACAAAAGUCCCUCCUCCAUUCCCCCCCCCCCCAUCACCAAUCUCGUGAUGGUGAUGGGUAAAAUGUGUGCUUGUAUGUGUGCACAUGUAUGCGUAUAUGAUGCGAUGGGGAGGGGUGGGGAGUAGGGGGGGAUGACAAUUACUUCAAUUUCCAAAACGUUUAGGUGUAUAGAUAAUAUAGCUAGGGGCCGAGCCAACGAGAGCAUUCUGAGAACAGACACCCACAUCCACACACAGACAAAAUAUAGUACCAACGUACAUACCAUACCCACACACACACACACACACACACACAUACGCACACAUUUGUCAUACGUCGGCUAUAGUACACGCACAAGUGUGGUGUAGAGGAAGUUGUGCUGCUGUGUGGUCCAAGAUCCCUUGGAUUCAAUUUAGAAUGAUUUUUUAUUAUUAUUUUACUCACUAUUAACAUUGUUUUUUGUGAAAAUCAAGAGAAAAAAAUAUAUAUAUAUAUAUAUAUAUAUAUAUAUAUAUAUAUAUAUAUAUAUAUAUAUAUAUAUUUGCAAUCACACAAGCAAAUACUUUUAAAGUAAUGAAAGCAAAGCAAGAAAGGUAUAUUACGAAGAGAGAGGGAAAGGGGGAGAACGAAGAACGAACACACAAUCACAUACACACACACAUACACACGCGUGUAGAGUAGUAGUCAUCCCUCCGGUUCCUUCCAGCUGUGUGUAUUCCCUUUAAUCCAAACAAAAAAAACAAAAAACAAAACAACGUAGUAGUAUUAAGGCGAAAAAGAAUCCAACUCUUCUCACGACACAUUCUUCACAAACCUCGCUUUAUCAUCGCGCGCGUUUGUGUGUGUGUGUGUGCAAUGAUGGGUGAUAGUUUGCUUCAGACUGUUCAGAUGCUCUAGGUGGUGUUGUAUGUGUGUGGGUGCACAUGCGAGUGGAUGGUGGAAUGGCGGAACUAUAGCGAGGGAUAAUUCGAGACUAUUAAAAAAAUAGAUUAGAAGCGCGCGCGCACGCCGCGCAGGACACUCUCUGGCAGUUUUAACGCGGAUAAAUUAUGCGAACAUCGACACACAUACACACCGCACAUACUCCCCCACACUCAUACAAAUGCACCUCUCCCUCCUCCCUAAAAAACGUAAGAGACCAUUAAUAUUAGAUAGCAGGGUGGUGUGUUGGCAUUAUGGGUGUGUCUGUGUGUGUUGUGUUUGAUCACGGACUCCUUAACUUAUACCGCCGUGCGCUACACACAGAUUGCGAGCGUGUGUGUGUGUAUUUUUUUUUUUUAGUAGUUAAGCUCAGGAAUUAGGCAAGAUCUGUUUUUUUAAGUUCUGUUUCUUCAAUCGUGCACAAUUACGCUCUUGGCGGCACCACACUACUCUGACGGCAUUUCCAAAUCGUGCGAAGGGAACACAGCGGAACGAGGGAGAUUAAACCGUAACCAAAAAUGGAAGAAGCAAAAAAAAAGGAACGGGUGUGAUGAACUCAUAAUUGAAACUACUACCGUAUUGCAUAGUAUAUUACUUGUCCCAGAGGAGCUAAUUUGAUUUUAGUGACCACACUUCAUAAUAGACUAGCGUCGUGUGAGGGAGUGAGAACGACUGGGGGGAGGAGGGGGGGGGGGAGGGGAGGGUUCAAGAAGAGUAAAAAAACCAGGAUUUUACGUGGCAACUCGGAUGAUCAUUUAUUCAAGAAGCAUUCAUUAGGAAGGAAACUAAUUUAAGAAGCAGAGAGAGAGAUAAAAAAACGGAAAACAGUAAGAAAACACACCCUCUCUGAGAUAGCACUUGCAAAUUUAUGUACAGCUUGUAUUAAAGUAAUCCUUCGUUUUCCAUCCCCAUUGAUGUAAAGCAGAAUUUUCCAUGGAACUCACACAUGUAUUGUGAGUGUGUGUGUGUGUGUGUGUGUGUGUGUGUUCGUGUGCGUAGUUUAUCUGGGGACGCGGCGGCUUUUCCCCCGCUAGGCUCGAUACUUAUCAUGUAAGAUGAGCUAAAUAAAAACGUAUAUAUGAACACACGAAAAGCAUGCGGAUUGACGCUCAUCGAUUGAAACAGCGGUGGUUUUCGUUUGCCCUAGGGGGUUCUGUUAGAUAUUUGCCGGAUUUAUUUAUUUUUCAUUUCGACGUCACAACAACCAUCAUUUUUGUUUUGUUUUCGAUUAUAAAUCCACUUCCGGGGGGGAUUGCGUGAUAUUUUGCUUGCUACAGUUGUUGCACACACUGACACACAUACACACACACAUACCAUAAAGCCGCUCCUUGUAAUUUAAGUUCGAGUUUAAAAUUCAAACACAAAUAAGUUUACUUAAAACGAAACAACAGAAAAGAAAGUUUGAGAGAGAGAGAGAGAGAGAGAGAGAGAGAGAGAGAGUGAUGCUGCAGCCAAUUUGCGUUUAAAACGGGAUUUCGUUAUUCGGGGGAGAGAAGGCAGCACUCUCCUGGUGAAACGAAAAUGCGGAAAAUGAUAUGUUGACGGUGUGGGAUGGAGCAGUAACUUAUCCUGCGCGCGCAGUAUUGGGAGAAGAAAAGAGGACGACGACGACGACGACGCGUGUAUGAUGUACAAUUUUUGCUCUGAAUUCAAACUAAAGGUGUACACCGCUAGGGGAAGAGAAAGAAGAUGGUACAACAACCAAGUUCAAUGUAUUUUUGAGAUUUUCCAGAAGGUAAAAAUAAAAAUAACAAAAACACUAAGCCAACAUUAAA